CUCUUUGCUACUACUUUGUUUAUUUAUCUGUUUGCGUUCGAGAAGGAUGGAAACAAACAAUUUCACUUCUUUUGGUUCAGAAGCUAUUUGCUGUCCUCGCUAAUGGUUCGGAAGUAAUGUCCUCAAGGAAAGAAAUAAAUUAGGCUGGUGCUUCAUUAUCGUUUUAUGCUCUUAAACUGGGUUCUUAAUCAGCUCUUUUCUUGAUUUGAUGCGCUGUAGAAUAUGUGCUUCUUUACGAAUAACCUGUCUCAUUGCAACUGCUAGUUCUUCUUCAACAGAUGCAUAUUACCUAGUUAUGAUCAAGACAAGUCAAAUCCGAUACUGGAGUUGGUUCAAGCUAAAUCUCAGUAAGGACUCCAGGUCAUUCUGUUAUCCCCUUCAUGAUUCCUUCCGACUAAUAUAACCACGUAGGGUUUACUAUUCUUUUAUUCUCGAGUGCAAUGUUUCUGUUUACUUAUUAUACAUCUACUCAUGUGUAACCAAGAAAAUCCAAUGAAUAAUGAAUACUAUUGUCCUUGUUCACUUCCAGCUGAUUCAUCUAAUUGUUCUCUUGUUAUUACUUAUAUAUUGGAGUGAUCAGUUCUGAAAAAAAGAAGUAAAAAAGACUUUUGGAUACAACAACUGUUUCCUUAACCUCCACAGUGAUUAGGACAUGAUGAGUUUAGGAUUUUCGUCGUGUUCUUGGUUUACAUUAGUCACUGUCUGUCCUUGUGUACUGUUGAUCAUUGCCUAAAGAAAGUAAACACUGAGUUUUUCAGUCGUAGAAACCCUUUCUUGGUCUCGUGCUGUUUCUGUUAAAUAUUGAUAGAAACUCAAAACUCUCGCUGUUAAAGCAUUGGUUGAUGAAUGCUCGACUCCAGAAGAAGGAAGACGUGAGCUUAUUUAAAUUAAAUUUUACUUAACUUUGUCGACCUAUUUUUGUUUUGUACUUAUUUUUGUUGCUUACCAUGACUCCAUGAGUCAUCUUCAUUUAUUUUUCUUUCUCUUAAUAAAUAAGAUAAGACUCGAUGGUUACACGGUCCUGAUACAUGUAAUACGGCAUCCAUUGAAUCUAAGUUUUUUUUGUCCUCUCAUGAGAAAUUAGUAGGAAAUGCUUACUCUUGAAAUUGUUCAUAGCCACCUUUCAAAUUUGCCUAAGAUUGACAACUUCUUCUUAAAGCUGAUAACAUCUUGUCUGUUGCUUUUUUGUUGAUCAUAGAUUCCACUAACACAAAGAUGCAAAGAAAAGGUGAAAGGUUUUUAACUUUUUUGCAACUUGCACUGGAAUAAUAAAUAUUUCACUUAUAGAGUCCAAAGUUUGAUUGUGACAUUGGAACAGUCAUGUAUUUUCUUAGACAUAGGGUUCACCAGGGCUCUACAAUAUUGUUUCUUGCACUUGCAUGGUUCAAAUUUAAAAAUAUAGAGAGGGAAAAAGAUAUACGUUUUAUUGAUUUUGUGCUGUUUAUCCUCCUCAGCAUUAAACAAGGAAGAGAUCCUGCUUGUGGAUAAGGCUGUGACCCAUUAGUAUCUGAGUUUAAAGAAUUUUAGAUAUAUCUCUUUUGUUUUUUAUGGGAAUAGUGAGAAGUGAAUCACUAUGCAUGGAUUACUCGCAAAAGGGUUAAUAGUGCAAUACAUUAUAUAUGCUAAACUGAGUCACCAAAAUGUCAGAGAGAUCCAAGUUUAGCUUUUUGUAUGCUUUGUUUGUCACUAACCUUUCUGCAUAUGGAAAAAGAAUCCACCCCCAACAGCCUCCACAAUGUCGGGUUAGAGUUGUUCCUCUUGAGGGACAGAGCAGCGUCAGCAAUUGUUUAGUUAGUGGUGGACUUUCCGCUAAAUUUAUCAGAUGCGGCGAGCACCAAACGCAUCAUGUUCUAAAGCUUGAUGAUCAUAAAAAAUUGUGGUCCCCUUCUGGGAUUUCCUGAUAAAAAAAAAAGGAUGGUUGAGAUUGAUUUACUUAUUCUCAUGCUGAACAGUUUCUUCAUUUACUGAGAAAUGUUAAUGAAUCUUAUUUGGUAGCUGUAACAUGACUCAGGCUGAUCACAUUCAUAGCCAUUAAGGUCCAUGUUUGUGGUGUUAAUCACCAGAAGAGGUGUUAUGUGACACAAAGUCAACUUAAAACUGAUAUGCUAGAUUUGGUUCAAAGUAAAAGUAGAGGGAAGCUAUGUGUCGACGCAAUAUUGUUUUGUCAGUGUCUAAGUACAUUUUUUUUCUUAUACGUAUUGUCCUUGAAGCUGAGCUUGCAUUAUUGAUGAUAUCAGCACUGAUCUUUUUUUUUCUAGUUUCCUUUAACUGAUAUAUUUCAAGGACAAAGCUAAUAUCCAUUUCUGGGUAUGUAAAUAUGGCUAACCCAUUAUAAAUACACCUUCUUGUUAUGAGUCCUGAGGCAUUCAUCACAUCCCUUCUUCUUCAUCUUUUUUCUUCUUCUUCUUUUAGUGUUGUCUUUGGUUUAAGCUAAAGAAAUGGAUCGACUGAAGUUUGAUUACAACCACAAGGGUGACAAUGCAUUAAAAGAACUCGAGAGGAUCACCUCCAAGGCUGCUGAAGUUCAAGAUAAGAUUUUAUGUGGUAUCUUAGAACGGAACAAGGACACACAGUACUUGAGCAAGUACAUGAAAGGCUCUAAGGACGUCCUGGAGUUUAAACGCUCUGUGCCAAUCAUCACGUACAAAGAUGUCUGUCCUUACAUUCAGAGAAUUGCAAAGGGAGAAGACUCUUCUCUUAUUACUGGUCAUCCUAUCACUGAGAUACUAUGCAGCUCAGGAACUUCUGGUGGAGAGCCGAAGCUAAUGCCAACCAUUUCCGAAGAUCUUGAUCGGCGCACCUUUGUCUACAAUCUUAUAACUCCAAUCCUGAACAAGUAUCUAGAAGGACUUGACAAAGGAAAAACAAUGUACCUAAAUUUCGUCAAAACUGAAACAUCAACUCCUUGUGGUUUACCAAUCCGAUCUGUCCUCACUAGCUACUACAAGAGUAAACAUUUCCAGUGCCGACCUUAUGAUCCAUUCAACGACUUAACCAGUCCCAUCCAAACCAUCCUUUGUGAAGACAGCAACCAAAGCAUGUACUGUCAGUUGCUUGCCGCUCUUAUUCACCGUCACAAAGUCAUGCGUCUAGGAGCUGUCUUUGCUUCUGCGUUUCUCCGUGCAAUCUCUUAUCUCGAGCGAAAAUGGAGCCAGCUCUGCCAAGAUAUCCGAACCGGUCAUCUCAGUCCCAUGAUCACCGAUCCAGGAUGCCAGAUGGCGAUGGCUUCCCUUUUAGCGACGCCAAAUCCUGGCUUAGCUGACGAGAUUGAAGAUAUCUGUGGACGCUCGUCAUGGAAAGGGAUUCUGUGUCAGCUCUGGCCUCAAGCAAAGUUCAUUGAAGCAGUAGUGACAGGGUCAAUGGCUCAAUACAUACCAGCUCUUGAGUUCUUUAGCCAAGGCAAGAUUCCGUUGGUUUGUCCAAUGUAUGCUUCCUCCGAGACUUACUUUGGGGUCAACGUGAAACCACUCUCGAAACCAUCUGACGUCGUUUUCACUCUAUUGCCUAACAUGUGCUACUUCGAGUUUAUUCCUCUCGGCAAAAACGGGACUCUCUCUUUUGACGUAGAGGACGACGAAGAAGAAGUCCCCUGUGAUAAAGUCGUUGACUUGGUCGACGUCAAACUCGGACGCUACUAUGAGCUGGUCGUCACAACUUUCGCAGGAUUGUACCGUUACAGAAUCGGCGAUGUUCUCCAAGUGGCGGGGUUCUACAACAAAGCACCACAGUUCAGGUUUAUCUGCAGGAGAAACGUGGUUCUAAGCGUCGACUUAGACAAAACAAACGAGGAAGAUCUUCACAGGAGCAUCACGCUGGCCAAGAAGAAGCUUGAAAACAAGGCAUUCCUCGCGGAGUACACGAGCUACGCGGAUACUUCAUCAGUUCCAGGUCACUACGUGCUCUUCUGGGAGAUCCAGUGGCUCGAACCCGAUGGUGAUGAUCAUCAACAAAAGCUGAUGAUGGAAGAGUGUUGCAUUGCGGUUGAGGAAGAGCUUGAUUACAUAUACAGGCAAUGCAGGAAGAGAGAUAGAUCGGUGGGGCCUUUAGAGAUAAGAGUGGUGAAGGCAGGAACGUUCGAGAAACUGAUGGAUAUGAUAAUAAGCCAAGGAGGGUCGCUUAAUCAGUACAAAACGCCGAGAUGUGUUAAGUCCAACAGUGCUAUGCUCAAGCUCUUGGACGGCCACGUGAUCGGUUCCUUCUUUAGCCCUCGUGAUCCAACCUGGUCCCCUUGAUUUAAAACAUGUUAUAUUGAUCGUAGAGAGACUACAAUUUGCUAGUAAUCAGUAGUCUAUAAUAGCCAAUGGGAUCCUAUUUGCUGCAAUACUAGUAGAACUAUAGCAGGCGCGCGUGUGAGUGCACUUGUUUUUAUUGAUAAGAAAUGUUAUAGGAAACUUUGAUAUAUGAUGAUUACCAUUCACGACUUAAAA